CUCCUACAAGUGUGUGUAAUUCAUGUUUUGAAAUUAAAUCGGAGUUCGGAAGUGAAUAAUGGAGGCGGAGUUGCGGGAAAUUUUAGAAGAAUGGGGUUUUUCAAGACUAAUUCCUGUAUUUGAAGAAAACGGAAUCGAUCAAGAAGCGUUCUUGUAUUUGAAUGAUUUGGCCAUAGAAAAACUGUUGUGCAAGGAAAAUCUUGGUGCAAAAUUGAAAUUUAAUAAUAAAUAUAAAAAUUUUCUUAUAAAUAAACAGGCUGGACCUUUAACCGUUCACAGGAAUCUGAACGUAAAUUCGGAUGAGCAAAGUGAUUGUUCAGAGAGUACAGCUUCAGAGGCAACGGCUAUAUCUUCAGAUGAGGAUUCAAAUGAUGCAGUUGAAGAGUACAGCUCUGCCACCCUCGAAAACAUUCUUAAUUCACCCAUGGGCAGUCAAAUCAAGUCCUACUAUUCAAGAGAAAAACGCUUGAAGAACAAUUUGAGGGAUAAAUUGGUUUCGAUGAUAUUAGAGGAUUUACUAUCCAAAAAUGAUAUAUACUUCAACGUUUCCUACAAAAAAGUAGGAAAAGGAGCAAUUCGAAAAAUGGGAGGGGGAAAAUUGUUUCGAAAGUAUUAUAAUUUACGAAGAGAUUUUAAAACGAAUGGUUUACUAAGAAGUAAGGCUUGUAGAAGAACUGCAGAUGCGACAAAAAAACCAAUAACUAAAGCUGAACAAGAAGUACUUGAAUGGCUUAAAAACAAUGCUGCUCCAUGGCAAGAGUUAGAAGCAAAAUGGGCGGAAUCGUAUGAAGCAAGAAAAUCGUAUUUAAUGGAUGUUAAUUCCAUUCACGAUUAUAUGACGUCAUUUAAAGGGCUUAAAGAACCAUUGGGAUAUGUCCUGCUUGAAAACGACUUUGCAACUCAAUAUCCAAACUUAAACAAUCGACUAUUGACAGCGUGGCCUGAAUUCUCAGAGAAAAUAAGAAAAUAUGCUUCUACAUUGAAAACAGCUGAAGUAAAUGAAUGCUUAAAUGUCUUCGAUAACGAUAAUUUAUCAGAAGAUUCAAAAACAAUGAUCGUUUUGAAAAUAUUAAGCUAUUUGAUAAAACCAGUUCUAGUAGUUAAGAAGAAGAAUAAGAGUUCCUUUAAACCGUCAAGAAUAGAAAUGUUGGAUGGAUUAAUUUUACACGUUACGGCUGGUGCUGAUAUACAUGCCUCACUACAACGAAAAAGAGCCAAACUUAUGAGCUUCGGACUUCAAUCGCAACCUAUCCCAAUAGCGUGUGGAGAGGAUAUCAACAAUCUCCACUCAUUUUAUAUAUCUGUAGACGAUUAUUUGUACUAUGUCCCAACAUUGUUAAAAGCAAUUGAGGGGACUUUCAAAAUUAUUCAUAUGUUGAACGCAGAAUAUCCAUCAGAAGCUGAGCCUUUGUGGUUAAUUAUCCAAAGAGGGAUCUUUGGUUUAGAAACGAAAUUUGACAAAUCGUAUUCCGAUGUUAAUGUCAUCUUGAGCAUCCUAGCUGCCUAAUGGGGUAACAUUUCAAGUUUUUAGAAGACUGUCAAUGAUUUCAAGUUCGUAUUUAGAGUGUUAUAUGUUUAUUUUUUUUUCUAUCCGUUGGUUUUUUGUUAACUUGAGUUAAAUUGGUAAAAUGGUGGCGUGCUUCUUGUGUGCAAAUAAUUUUCCUUCAAAGCGAGGUUUAAUACUGCAUUUUAAAAUUCAACAUAAAUUAAAAUUAGACAGUAAUUUAGUUACAUUCAACUGUGUCGAAAGUAUGUGUUUUCGAAAAUUUUCGACUCUCAAAUCUUUUAUGAAACAUUUAUCAACAAAUCAUCAAAUAUCAAAAUAUGAUAAUAGCUGUAUUCACAAUAUUAAUUCCAAUAAUGAAGAUGCCAAUCCAACCUCUAAUUCCAACAGCCAACCUAAUAUUUCCUUACAUCAAGAUUUGCCAAACACUUCAAGUGAAAAUUGCACUGACGAAAGUGACGAAAAAAAGUUUAAAAAAACAUUUAAAACAAAUACAUUAAUCUUUAUAUCUAAAUUGUUCAAUGCUUCAAACUUAUCCCGUGAUACUGUUAAGAAAUUUAUGGAUUAUUUAACCGACUUCUGUUUAAAUAGUUUUGCUUCCUUUAAAAAUUACAUCAAUAAAGUAUUAAUUGAAAACAAAAUUGCCCAUGAUAAAAUCGAUACAAUUAAUUCAAUGAUACAGUAUAUGGAAUCAUUUCUAAAGAAAUAUGAUACAGAAUACAAAAUUUUCAAAUAUUUUGAAAAAUCUAAAAAUUUUGUUAAACCAGUCGAAUAUGCAGUAGGCAGUCGUUUGAGUAAAGCAACGGAAAAUAAUAAUGUAGUUAUUAAAAGUGUAAAUGUAACUGCGCAAUUUAUUCCACUUAGAAUAAUCUUUGCAAAACUUUUAGAAUCAGGAAUGUUUAAUCAAAUUUUGGAUUAUUUAGAGGAUUUAAAAAAAGAUCCUAAAGACAUUAUAACAAAUAUUUAUCAAUCACUACAUUUCCAAGAAAUUCGCAGUAAAUUUUCAGAAAACGAUUUUGUCGUUCCGUUAUAUUUAUAUUAUGAUGACUUUGAAAGUGGUAAUCCCUUAGGGUCCCACGCAGGAAUAAACAAAUUAGGAGGAGUAUAUGUUUCAAUUGCUUGUUUACCUCCUGAAAUACGAUCACAAUUGCAAAAUAUUUUUUUGGCAAUUCUAUUCAAUGCCAAUGAUAGAAGAGAAUUUGGUAAUUUAGCAAUAUUUAAAAUUUUAAUAGACGAAUUAUUUUUUUUAGAAACACAGGGAAUAGAUGUUAAAAUAGGGACUGAAAUAAAAAAAGUAUUUUUUGUUUUGACGUUAAUUUUAGGAGACAAUUUAGGAUUACACUCUAUUCUUGGAUUUCAAGAAUCAUUUAAUGCUAAAUUUAGUUGUCGGUUUUGCAAGAUAGAUAAAAAUUCUUCUCAUAAAUGUUUUGUGGAAAAUGUUGAUUUAUUAAGAACGGAGCAAAAUUAUUC